UUUAAUGUCACUUGUCAUCCCAGCAUAUACUCAGUUAAAAGAUCCUCUCUUUCUGUCUUUCUUUCACUUCGACUCCAAAAGAACCGUUACAGUUGAGUUGAUAGUCCGGUACUUGUUUUCUGCAGCACUACUACAAACUACUUUACUUUCUUCUUUCCCGCAAUCACAGAACACACUUUCCAAAUUCCUUUGCUUUUUAUAUAUAAAAUUUAGAUACCAUAUUAUUUACAAAGCCAUUGUAUGAGAAGCUAAAAGAUCUAGUAGAAUUUUCGAACAUGGAGACCUCGGAGGAGAAGGUGGUCGCCGUUAUCAUGGUGGGUGGACCCACAAAAGGGACUAGAUUUCGACCUCUUUCAUUCAAUACUCCUAAACCCUUAUUCCCUUUGGCUGGUCAGCCAAUGGUUCAUCAUCCAAUUUCAGCUUGUAAAAGGAUACCAAAUUUGGCCCAGAUUUUUUUGAUUGGAUUUUAUGAGGAGCGUGAAUUCGCGCUAUAUGUGUCUUCAAUAUCCAAUGAGUUGAAAGUACCUGUGAGGUAUUUGAAAGAGGACAAGCCACAUGGUUCGGCUGGUGGGCUUUACUACUUUAGAGAUAUGAUCAUGGAAGACAGCCCAUCGCAUAUCUUUUUGCUGAAUUGUGAUGUUUGCUGCAAUUUUCCACUACCUGACAUGCUUGAGGCCCAUAGAAGAUAUGGCGGGAUGGGAACAAUGUUAGUAAUCAAGGUUUCUGCUGAAUCAGCAAACCAGUUCGGCGAGUUGAUUGCUGAUCCAAUCACCAAAGAGCUGUUGCACUACACUGAGAAACCUGAGACCUUUGUAAGUGAUCUGAUCAACUGUGGUGUCUACGUCUUUACCCCAGAGAUUUUCACUGCCAUUGAAGGUGUCUCCACUCACAGGGAAGAUACAGCCAAUCUACGUCAUGUGUCCAGCUUUGAAGCCUUUCAUUCUUUGACAAGAAACCUUCCUAAGGAUUUUGUAAGAUUGGACCAAGAUAUUUUGUCACCACUUGCUGGAAAGAAGCAAUUGUAUACAUAUGAGACCAUGGAUUUCUGGGAGCAGAUAAAAACUCCAGGAAUAUCCUUAAAAUGUUCAGCUUUGUAUCUUGCCCAGUUCCGAUUGACUUCCCCUCAUCUUUUGGCUGGUGGAGAUGGUACUAAAAGUGCUACAGUUAUCGGUGAUGUUUACGUUCAUCCAUCUGCAAAAGUUCAUCCAACUGCAAAGAUCGGUCCCAAUGUCUCUAUUUCAGCAAAUGUUCGUGUAGGUGCAGGCGUAAGGCUUAUAGGUUGCAUCAUCUUGGAUGAUGUUGAAAUUCAGGAAAAUGCUGUUAUCAUAAAUUCUAUUGUUGGAUGGAAAUCAUCUCUUGGCAAAUGGGCACGUGUCCAGGCUGAUGGAGACUACAAUGCAAAGCUUGGAAUUACUAUCCUCGGAGAAGCAGUGACAGUGGAAGAUGAAAUUGUGGUGAUAAACAGCAUUGUUCUGCCAAAUAAGACUCUUAAUGUCAGCGUACAGGAGGAGAUUAUCUUAUGAUAUCGAAGAUACAGAGAUCCUGCAAUGCCUCUUAGUUUUGUUGUAAUUUUAUCUUUUUCUUUUUUCCUCAUUUGUGUUCUUACAGUGGAACUAUAUGAUUGAGGUACAGGAACAAACUAGACCAAAUAUCCCGGCCAUAUCAAUUGUAAUGUUGGAUAGCUGAUUGCGGAUUUAUAGACUUGCAAUAUUUUUGAAUAUGAAUGAGAGGUUUCUGAUA